AUGGCGUCGGAUCACAGACUUGCCAGGGACAGAGCAGCAAGACUAUUGAGGAAACAAGGCUCCAGGUCUUCCUUAGCUAGUAGCACUGAUAUAACUCAGAAUGACCGUCAUCAGAAAUUGGAUUCAGAAAGCACAGUCAGUUCAAUAUCCUUCAGAGAUAACCCAACGCAUGAUGAUCAUUUCCGUAUUCCUGUGAAAUAUGAAAAUACUUACCAGCUGGAGCCCACAAAGAAAUUCCCUCAUUCCACAGUGAAUAACUUUAUAAAAGAAUCCAUGGAAAAUUUGCUGUCUGAUGAACACUACCGGCCAGACUUUUGUCGUGAUGUGACCAAAACACUUUCUGAAACAAUAAAAGCCAGAAUCAAGUCUCUCAUGAUUCCUCGGUACAAAAUCAUCUGCCUAGUACAAAUUGGUGAGCUAAAAUCUCAAGGAAUCCGAGUGGGAAGCCGUUGCUUGUGGGAUGACUCCAAUGACACAUUUUGGACUCAUGAGUUCAGGAAUAAGUCCAUUUAUGCCAUAGCAUCAGUUUAUGGAAUUUAUUAUGAAUAA